UUUGGCUUCUCCUGUUUCCCAGUCUCCGCCAUUAGUGACACAGGAAGAGUAGUACUGUGGAAAUGGGGAUUAAAAUGGUUUAAAAAACUGAAAGGGAGCAGGCGGAAAGCCAAUAUUUUUUGUUUUUAUUGGGUGUUUUCACACGAUGAUGAGGUGAGGGUGGGGAAUGGCAAAUGCAAUUAAAGAAGGGUUUCGGAAUUAACGGAGUAAAUACGGAUCUGGGAAAGCUGGUGAGAACUGGGCAGCUCGGGGAAGGUUUGUUGUGGUUGAGCACCAGGGAGAGGAGUGUAAACACAGGAAAAGCCUGCCUCCUGCCCGAUCUCCGCCGCGCGACCGCCGGACGAUGACCGAGCUGGGGGUGAAGUGGGCCUGCGAGUACUGCACGUACGAGAACUGGCCGUCAGCCAUCAAGUGCACCAUGUGCCGCGCCCAGAGGCCCACCGGCACCAUCAUCACAGAGGAGCCCUUCAAGACCGGCCCCGGCCUGGACGGCAGGGGCGAGUGGGACCCGCCGGGUACGGAGGGUGGGAGCGGCCUCCUCAUCUGCCCCGACUCCAGCGCCCGGCCCCGGGUCAAGCCCGCGGGCCCCGCCGAGACCAGCAGCAAGUGGUCCUGCCACAUGUGCACCUACCUGAACUGGCCCCGCGCCAUCCGCUGCACCCAGUGCCUGUGCCAGCGGCAGCGCGCCCGCAGCCCCACGGACUCCCCCCAGACCUCCGGCUCCGGCUCCCGGCCGGCCCCGUCCCCUCAGGACCCCUGCGAGGAGUACAACGACCGGAACCGGCUCAACACUCGCGCCCAGCACUGGACCUGCGCCGCCUGCACCUACGAGAACUGGCCCAAGACCCGGAGGUGCGUGGUGUGCGACCACCCCAGGCCCAGUGGCCCGGAGGCCAUCGAGCUGGCCGAGCCGGGCGACCCGUCCGCAGUCAUCAACGAGCAGGACCGCGCUCGCCGGAGGGGCGGCUGCAGCGGGGGCCAGAGGCGCUCGCCCCCCACCUCCAAGAGGGAGGCCGAGGUCAACAUGGACUUCCAGAGGAUCGAGCUGGCGGCCGGGGCGGUGGGGAGCAAGGAGGAGCAGGAGGUCGACUUCAAGAAGCUGAAACAGAUCAAGAACAGGAUGAGGAAGACGGACUGGCUGUUUCUCAACGCCUGCGCCGGUGUGGUGGAGGGGGACUUGGCAGCAGUGGAGGCCUACAAGUCGUCCGGUGGAGACAUCGCACGGCAGCUCACGGCUGACGAAGUGCGCCUCUUGAAUCGCCCCUCGGCCUUUGACGACGGUUUCACCCUGGUGCACCUGGCCAUUCGCUUCCAGAGACAAGACAUGCUGGCCAUUCUCCUAACCGAGGUCUCCCAGCAAGCGACCAAGUGCAUCCCGGCCAUGGUGUGCCCGGAGCUGACGGAGCAGAUCCGCAGAGAGAUCGCCGCUUCCCUGCACCAGCGCAAGGGCGACUUCGCCUGCUACUUCCUCACGGACCUGGUCACCUUCACGCUGCCUGCAGAUAUCGAGGACUUGCCCCCAACUGUCCAGGAAAAGCUGUUUGAUGAGGUGCUGGACCGUGAUGUACAGAAAGAGCUGGAGGAGGAGUCUCCCAUCAUAAACUGGUCCCUGGAGCUGGGCACGCGGCUGGACAGCAGGCUGUACGCGCUGUGGAACCGCACGGCCGGGGACUGCCUGCUGGACUCUGUGCUCCAGGCCACCUGGGGCAUCUACGACAAGGACUCGGUGCUGCGCAAGACCCUGCACGACAGCUUACACGACUGCUCACACUGGUUCUACACGCGCUGGAAGGAGUGGGAGUCGUGGUAUUCGCAGAGUUUUGGCCUGCACUUCUCCCUGAGGGAGGAGCAGUGGCAGGAGGACUGGGCUUUCAUCCUCUCGCUUGCCAGUCAGCCUGGAGCCAGUUUGGAACAGACUCACAUUUUUGUUCUUGCACACAUUCUUCGUAGACCAAUCAUAGUUUACGGAGUGAAGUAUUACAAGAGUUUCCGUGGUGAAACAUUAGGGUUCACUCGUUUUCAAGGUGUGUAUUUGCCUUUACUGUGGGAACAGAGCUUUUGCUGGAAAAGCCCCAUCGCCCUUGGAUACACCAGGGGUCACUUCUCCGCACUGGUGGCCAUGGAGAACGACGGCUACGACAAUCGAGGCGCGGGCGCCAACCUCAACACUGACGACGACGUCACCGUCACCUUCCUGCCCCUAGUCGACAGCGACAGGAAGCUGCUACACAUACACUUUUUAUCCGCACAAGAGAUGGGGAACGAGGAGCAGCAGGAGAGGCUGCUGCGGGAGUGGCUGGACUGCUGUGUGACGGAUGGCGGGAUGCUGGUGGCCAUGCAGAAGAGCUCCCGGCGCAGGAACCACCCCCUGGUCACACAGAUGGUGGAGAAGUGGCUGGACGGCUACCGCCAGAUCCGGCCCUGCACCUCCCUGUCCGACGGCGAGGAGGACGAGGAGGACGAGGAUGAGUGAGGGCAGGACGGCCGAGCGAGGACCCAGGGAGGGACACCCAGACCCCCAUCCCCCAUGCCCGGAGCCGCCCAGGGACAAGAGAGGACCGAGGGGGGGGCACCCAAACCCCCAUCCCCCACGCCCGGAUCAGCCCAGGACGACACUGAGAACUCCCUCGUAGAGGGAAGGCCAGCUAACCAUUUCAGAAAUACCCAAGAAGACAACUGUUACUGUUACCAGGAGACCUUGGAACACGGACACAAAAGCGCAAAUGGACAAACGGAAGACUGACAAGACAGACCUCUACUUUUGCUGCAUAAUAGAACUGGGAUGGAUUGAAAUAAAGGAUUGUAGUUUACGGAAAUGUUAUCCGAAAUAUUUUCUUUAUUUUUUCCUUGUUUCUUCCCCCCCCCCCCAGAUGUAAAUCUCUGACCGUAAAUGUAAUGCAUGUGGUUGUUUAAGAAAUAAUGUUAUAGGAAAAAUACCAGCAUAAAGAAAGGAAACUUUAUAUCAAUUUAUUAUGGGCACUUACAAAAGCACAUUUUCAAAUGAUGUUUUCCUGAAGAGAUUGUUUUCUUUUUUCCACCCCACCCCCUUUUGGAGUCAAACCGUUUUAAUUGGCUCGCUUGUUAUUUGGGGGUGGGCGCAAGCCAAUGUCAGGACCCCUAAUCACAUUCUUCCUAAACUUGAGAAAAACGUAUUUAGGAAAUUGUAUAUUUGACAGCAAACACUGCACACUUGGUUAAAUUAAAGCUAAUUAGUGUAUGUAUAUAAAUAUAUACAUAUAUACACAAAUGUAUUUGUAUAUAGGUAUACCUGCCCAAUUUUGAAAGCAAGUGUGUGAAGGUAAGGAAAAGAUUAUCAUUUCAGAUUUAAGGGAGUUUAUUUUUCUCUUUAAGGGGGAUCAUCAACAUACGUUUUCUGUCCCUUGUUUACCUUUUUGCAAGCCUUCUGGGAAAAAAAACCUUUUUUAGAGAAAAAUAAUUGAGAUUAUUUAUUUGGCUGGGAGGGUUAGUGUGCAGAGGUUCUGAUCUCUAUUCUCUCCUUUUUUGGACUUUUGUUUAUCUUUUUGUGGUUUUGUUGAUUGUUAAUUCAAUCUUGAAGAAUUUUAUGUUGCACAAAAUACAUACUCUUGCUGUGAGGAAAAAAAAUCUGUAAAAGUUUACUUAUUCAUGUGUGAUUUAGUACCUCAUUUUGAUGUUACAAUUUAGGUGCUUAUUUUGUGGGGCAGAAGUCACAAAACUCAUGUCAACAUGACAGAAAUAAUGCAUUAAUAUUAAAUUAGAAUCACCCAUGUCUUGUCCUGUUCUCAUAUUUCUGUUUCUUUUUGGUCCUUUUGAUUUCUUUUUAGUGGUCAGGUUAAUCCUGUUAACCCAUCUUCUGAUCUGAAUAUGAGAUCUAGACUUCUAGUCUAGAAGUUAUUUUCAGUUCAAUUGGCAAAGGCUUUUGAAAUCUUUACUCAACCGAGUCAUCCCUAGACAGCCUCAUUCCAUCACUGAAGUGUAGGAGACAGACCUACACAUCGUCUUGUUCUUUCACAAAAAUAUCUUUGUGGGUUAUCAAGUUUUCUCAGACACCUGUUGCUUUUGGUUCGUUUUUUACUGUUUGACAGGUCUCGACAUUCACCAAUGUUUAUUCACAGUUCUUAAAGAUGAAAGUCCAAAACCAAAGCGAUGGUGCAUUAUACGAGACGUUUGAAUAGUUUGCAUUGGUGUUAUUACCAUAGAUGAAAGUACUGUACAUGCACUGUUUUCAUGGGAUUCUUUAGUUAAAAUGGACACAUAGUUUGAACACUACCUAAUUGUCAUUUUGUUUAUGAAAUGGAUGCAAAUCUGACAAAAUGGGACACAUAAGUAACAUCAAUACUUGGCUUUUGAGUGAAUGCUUGUGAGGAGGAUGGAUUAUAUAAGGAGAAAUAAAAUUAAGUAUGAAGACA